UAUAAGGAGAAUCGAGAACUACCAUCAUUCAGUUUCUGAAUAGGACUCCUUUCCAAAAUGCAAGCAAUAGCGAUACUCGUAGUUGCCCUAGGGGUUCUAUAUUGUGAUGUUAAAGCUCAAGACUUGGGAGGAGGAGGAGGUAACCUUGGAGGUGGAGGAAAUUUAGGAGGAGGUGGAAAUAUGGGAGGGCCAGGAAAUAUGGGAGGAUCUGGAAAUUUAGGUGGCAGUGGAAAUAUGGGAGGACCUGGAAAUAUGGGAGGAUCUGGAAAUUUAGGUGGCAAUGGAGGUCUUGGUGGCAACGGAGGAAAUAUGGGCGGACUUGGUGGUCAAGGAGGAAAUAUGGGAGGACUUGGUGGCCAAGGAGGAAAUAUGGGCGGACUUGGUGGUCAAGGAGGAAAUAUGGGAGGACUUGGUGGCCAAGGAGGAAACAUGGGUGGACAAGGAGGAAACAUGGGAGGACUUGGUGGACAAGGAGGAAACAUGGGAGGACUGGGUGGCAACGGCGGAAACAUGGGAGGUCUCGGUGGUAACGGAGGAAACAUGGGUGGACUUGGUGGACAAGGAGGGAACAUGGGAGGACUUGGUGGACAAGGAGGAAACAUGGGAGGACUUGGUGGACAAGGAGGAAACAUGGGAGGACUUGGUGGCAACGGAGGUAACAUGGGGGGACUUGGUGGACAAGGAGGAAAUAUGGGAGGACUUGGUGGACAAGGAGGAAACAUGGGAGGACUUGGUGGCAACGGAGGAAAUAUGGGUGGACUUGGUGGCCAAGGAGGAAACAUGGGAGGACUUGGUGGCCAAGGAGGAAACAUGGGAGGACUAGGUGGCAACGGCGGAAACAUGGGAGGUCUCGGUGGUAACGGAGGGAACAUGGGGGGACUUGGUGGACAAGGAGGGAACAUGGGAGGACUUGGUGGACAAGGAGGAAAUAUGGGAGGACUUGGUGGACAAGGUGGAAACAUGGGAGGACUUGGUGGCAACGGAGGUAACAUGGGAGGAUUUGGUGGCCAAGGAGGAAAUAUGGGUGGACUCGGAGGCAACAUGGGAGGACUUGGUGGACAAGGAGGAAAUAUGGGAGGACUUGGUGGCCAAGGAGGAAACAUGGGAGGACUUGGUGGCAAUGGAGGAAACAUGGGAGGACUCGGUGGAAAUAUGGGAGGACUUAAUGGUGGAAAUAUGGGAUCUGGUGAUUUAGGAGGUGGAAACAUGGGUGGACUAAGUGGAGGAGACUUAGGUGGAAACAUGGGUGGAAUGAACGGUGGAAACAUGGGUGGAUUGAACGGUGGAAACAUGGGUGGAUUGAACGGUGGAAACAUGGGUGGGGGACUGAAUGGUGGAAACAUGGGUGGAUUGAACGGUGGAAACAUGGGUGGUGGACUGAAUGGUGGGAACAUGGGUGGACUGAAUGGUGGAAACAUGGGAGGAUUGAACGGUGGGAACAUGGGUGGACUCGAUGGAUUUGGAGAUAUGGGUGGAAAUGGUGGAAACAUGGGAGGAUUAAAUGGUGGAAACAUGGGUGGACUGAGUGGUGGAAACAUGGGUGGAUUGAGUGGUGGAAACAUGGGUGGAUUGAACGGUGGAAACAUGGGUGGAUUGAACGGUGGAAACAUGGGUGGAUUGAAUGGUGGAGACAUGGGAGGUGGUUUCCAACAAGGUGGACUAGGAGGUGGUUUACAACAAGGUGGUUUGCAACAAGGUGGCUUGCAACAAGGUGGCUUGCAACAAGGUGGCUUGCAACAAGGUGGUUUGGGAGGUGGUUUCCAACAAGGUGGUCUAGGUGGUAUGCAACAAGGUGGUUUACAACAAGGUGGAUUAGGAGGUGGUUUCCAACCAAAUGAUCUAGGAGGUGGUUUCCAACAAGGUGGUCAAGGAGGUGGUCUUCAACAAGGUGGUCUUGGAGGUGGUUUUCAACCAGGUGACUUAGGAGGUGGUUUCCAACAAGGUGGUUUAGGAGGUGGUUUUCCACAAGGUGGUCAAGGAGGUGGUCUUCAACAAGGUGGUCUAGGAGGCGGUUUCCAACAAGGCGGUCUUGGAGGUGGUUUUCCACAAGGCGGACAAGGAGGAGGUCUCCAACAAGGUGGUCAAGGAGGAGGUUUCCAACAAGGCGGUGGACUGGGAGAUGGGGGAAGAAUGCCUAAUUUUGGAGGAAUGGGAGGAAAUGGAGGAGGAUUGCCUAGCAACGGAGGCAUGGGUGGAUUAGGAGGAAACGGAGGAGGAAUGCCUAAUUUUGGAGGAAUGGGAGGAAAUGGAGGUGGACUACCAAAUUACGGAGGAAUGGGAGGUUUAGGAGGAAGCGGAAGAGGAAUGCCUAAUUUUGGAGGAAUGGGAGGACAAGGAGGAAACGCUGGAAGAAUGCCUAACUUUGGUGGAAAUGGAGGAUUAGGUAGAAGACUAGGUGGCGGUGAUGACCAGGUUGUUACCAUGUCGCCAAUUGAGAUGCCAGGAGGUGAUCGAAAACCCAUUGGAAACCCAGAUUUAGACGGAGGUUGUGGUAAAUCUGGAAAAGGAGGAAAGAAAGACGAUGACAAGGAUAAGAAAAGUGGCUCCUCAAGUGACUUGGAAGGGUUCCUUAAGAAAAUAAAUGAAAUGAACGGUGGAAUGGAUGGGCUAAAGGGAAACAAAGGUGCCGAUGCUGAUGAUUUAAAGAAAAAGCUCAAAGACAUGGGAAUAGAUGCAAGUCCAGAAGAUCUCAAAAAGCUGAAAGGCAUGGGAAUUGAUGGAAGUCCAGAAGGUAUGAAAAAGUUGAAAGGUUUGGGAAUUGGCACAGAUGGCUUAAAGGAUGCCCAAGGCAAACUUCCAAAAGGUGGACUUGAUGGAAUGGGUGGAGGCAUGGAUGAUGCAGCUUUGAUGCAGAAACUCAAAAGCAUGGGAAUUAAUGCAAGGCCAGAAGAUUUACCAGCUAUAAAAGAUAAACUUAAGGGUCUUGGACAAGACGGAGGUUUCCAGGGUGCUAUGGGUGGACUUAAAGGCAUGAACUUGGAUGGUGGAAUGGGACAACUUGGUGGAUUAGCAGGAGGUAUGGAUGAUGCUGCUUUAAUGCAAAAACUCAAAGGUAUGGGAAUUAAUGCAAAGCCAGAAGAUUUACCAGCUAUAAAAGAUAAACUUAAGGGCCUCGGACAAGACGGAGGUCUCCAGGAUGCUAUGGGUGGACUUAAAGGCAUGAACUUGGAUGGUGGAAUGGGGAAACUUAAGGGACUAGGUGGAGGCUUAGGCAAUGCUGGAAAUCUAAUGGGAGGUAUGAAUAAAAUGGGACUAAGUGAUUUGGAUAUGCAGCAAUUGCAAAUGAAUAAUAUUUUGACAGCUGCUUCUCAAAAGGGCCUCAACAUGAACCAGCUUUCCACUUUGAAGCAGAUGAUGACAAGAACAAUGGCCAUGAAGGGAAGUCUUAAAGAAGGACAAAUGGGAGAAGUUUUAAAGAAUAUUGGUUUCUCCAGUGAUGAACUGGAUAAGUCACUUGGUGUUAAUAGUGCAUUUGAAACGAAUAAAGCCUUAUUUCAAAGUACAGGAGCUCUCGACGCAUCUAAACAAAUAGGCCAGCAGCUUCAGAUGUCCGGAGAUUCUCUUGGCAUGGGCGGUACUAUAGAGAAAACCAGGGCAUUCGGAAAAAGAAUUGGAGAAGGAAAAAUCGGAGGAGAAUUGCAGAGAAGCGGAGAGUUCACUCAAAAGUUAGGUCUCGAUAAAACGACUGGUGACCUCAAGGGAUUGGGGGGAGCUGGAGAUGCUGGAGAGUUACUAAGCAAAACACAAAGCUCAUUGAAGUCAAGCGCCUUAGAAUCUAGCAUGUCUACAAUUAUAACCCAACUCAAAGCAAGUGGUGAACAGGGAAAAGCUUAUGCAGAAGUAGCCGAGAAAAUCAUGGCUCUUGCUAAAGCAGCAAAUGCUGGAAAGGGUGCAGGAGAUUUGGCUGGUGGUGCCGGUGGUUUAGGAGGCGCAACAGAUUCUCUGAAAGGAGGCCUUGGAGGCGUUGGUAAGGCGACAGAAGGAUUAAAAGGAGCUCUUGGCUCUGAUGGUAAAGCAUCGGGUGGUUUGUCCGGUUCCGGUGGUGGUCUUUCUGGAGGCCUUGGCUUCCGCAGAAAGUAAAUUUCCGCAAACUUCCUUUCGCGUUUUUAGAUUCUUUUUAAGCUAUAUUGGAGUUUACUCCAUUGUUUGACUAUGUAUGUGAUAUAAAAGUCUUGCUUUAUUAUUGUCAAAAAGUUAUUGUUUAACUAUUAAAAUGUGCUUACAAAGUUUUGUAAAGCAGUUUAUUAGUUUAUAAUAAAUGAUUUAAAAAUAAA